AUGUCUGGUGUGCCGAAUGAUUGGCAAUUAGAAUGCGUCGAAGUGAAGCAAAGGGGAGAAUAUCUCCUGAAGUCUGGGCAAUGGUCAGACUGUACAUUCUUGGUGGGAACAGAUCCCGACCAAGUGGUUAUUGCUGGCCAUAAGCUGAUUUUGGCGAUGGCAUCUCCAGUUUUCGAGGCGAUGUUCUAUGGUGGUAUGGCUGAGAGGAAUGAGCCCAUACCUAUACUAGAUGUACAGCCUGAGGCUUUUAGAGCUCUGUUAGAGUACAUAUACACAGAUAAUAUCAACAUCAGCUCGUUCGAUAAGGCCUGUGAGUUGUGCUAUGGAGCUAAGAAGUACAUGCUGCCACACCUGGUGAAGGAAUGUACUAGGUAUCUGUGGUCAGACCUAUAUCCACGGAAUGCCUGUCGUGCCUAUGAGUUUGCAAGGCUCUUUGAAGAAAAUGUACUAAUGGAUAAGUGCAUACAGAUCAUCAGUACAAACACCAAGGAGGUUUUAAACGACAUCAGUUUCGAAGAUGUGGAGUUGAACACAGUGAUGACAGUGUUUUCCUUGGACCAUUUGAAUGUGGACAGUGAACUGGACUUGUUUAAUGCUGCAGUCAGGUAUGCCAAGGCUCAGGACAAGAGGAACUCGGAAAGGAGCACGUCUCCACCUUCAGAGAUUGGACCUCCUAAUGAAAAGAGGCCUAAGAGCCCUGAACCUUCCACUUCUAAAGAUAAACCACAGGUGGUGAAUGUUGAAAGUAGUGCUGAGAACAGUCCAGAAGCAGUGAUGGAGCCUGCAAAGUCCAGUGACAACUCUGACCAGCCCCUACCAGGACCUUCAGACGAGAGCAAGAAGAACAGACCCGAUCCUAAAACUGACAAACCAACGAUUCGGAAAGCCAUUGAGAAGAUUCGUUUCUUGACCUUGACGCCGCAGCAGUUUGCAGAGGGACCAGCUCGUUCCUCACUACUCACCGAAUCGGAAGCGUUUGCAGUUCUCAUGAAUAUUCUAUCCAGCACUUCGGAUGUGGCCAUGCCAAGCGGCUUCUCUACCUGCAGAGUGCCCAGAAAGCAGCUUAUUGGCGAUGGACCAUCUUCUAAUAUGGCAACAUUAACGGUGGAUACUCCAAGUCCAGUGAUGAUGGACCAAGUGUUCGGAGCGCCGUCACACCUCGCCUGCCUACCUCCCUACCCCAGGCCUACGCGACACGAUGUAGGCACGAGGCACUCAGCAAUAGUCCAGAACAUGAACCUGGCAGCUGGGAUGGGAGUAGGGAUAGGAGCAGGCGUGGGCGUGGGCGUGGGCCUGCCCGUGGCCGAGCUGCCCCACCUGGACCGGCACGGCGCCGACUACAACAAGAUCUACUGCCAGCGACCUAUCAUCCAGCACACCGACUGUCUCAACACUUCUGUACUCGACUGCUCCGUCACUUUUAUGGUGGAUAAGAACAUCUGUCUUCUUGGUGUGCAGGUGCCUACUCAAGCCCCAAGCGAGGAGAGUGGAGUGUCAAUGGCGGGCGGCGGCGGCGGCUCGUACUGCGAGCUACUGUACGCGCACCUACUCGACGCAGACGGAGCCAGGCUCACCUACACCCACUACACGAGCCGCGUGCCUUACCGACAUCUGCUCGAUAUCAUGUUCAACCGACCUGUCUACAUACAGAGGAACAAGGUAUACAAAGUGGGCAUAGUAUUUAACAAGGUGGGUUGGUAUCCCAUGGGCACCUGUGCCCAGCAAGUAGCAGCUGAGUCCGUCUUCUUCAACUUUGGCAUUGGACAGAGCUCGGACUCAGUCCGAGAUGGACUCAUAAGGUCCAUUAUUUUCACAUACUAG